AUGAAGAAAGAAGUUAUGUUUAAAGAUCUCUAACUCAAAUACAAAAAGAUGCAAAUCAAUCAAGCCCAGAAAACUUAGACUAGGAUAAGGCAGGGGAUGUUCAAGACAUCUUCAAAUCCAGUUCUAUAAACUGACAAAGCAAUGGUUGAAUAACCUUACUUCGAAAAUAUGCCUUUAAUGAUUUUUGGGUAAGAGGACAAAGGAUGGCAUGGCAUUUUCAAAGGAAUUAUCUCACCUUUUAAAAAUAAGUAUCAAGUCUAUAUUGAGAAUGUGCUGAAGAGGAAAAAUGAGAACCAGUAUGACAGUCAAAUGCCUGAGGAAAUUAGAAGACGAGAAAAUAUGAGAAAGCUUGAAACUUUUAUUUCUACUGAGAGAGAUUAUUAUUAUAACAAAAGACAUAAGAAAUACUUUACUUUGAAUAGAUUUGAUUAAGAUAACAAGAAUUCAGCAACUGACCUAAACACAUGUAAACAAUAAUCUGAAGUCUAGUCUCCCAUUAAUUUAAGGAAAAGCGAUUCUAGGACUGAAAUUUUACUAGCACACAAUGAUCAAUCUUAAGAUAGUGAAUCAGUUGAGGAAUUCGAUAAGUAAUAGGAUAAUUCAAAUACCCCAUAAUGUGGAGGUAAAUCACCAGUAAGAUUUUAAGCUAAUCAGGAGCAGGUCAAGAAAUUUUAAGACCUCAAACUUAUGUGCUUUACUUAAAUUCUAAGAGAAGAAUCAAAAAGUUUAUAAUGGAUGAAAAAGAUUAGAAGAAACAGCUGCUAGGGUUCUUAAUGCUGUGGUGCACUUAACUCUAAGAUAAAUAAAAUGGAUCUCAAGUGCCAGCAGAUUGAAUAUGACAUAUCACUUUUCAAUAGUUUAAAAAAGCAUCCACAUAUCGGAAUUUCGAGUUAUUAAAGCUCACCUAUUGAUAGAUACAUGCAUAACAAAAAUAGCAAAAACCUUCAGACAAGAGCUCAUAGUUUUAUGCAUGAUCUGAGAAUGCCAAGAACCUACAUGAAUUAGAAAGAUUUGAUUAAAACUCAGUCAACUUAUGAUUCUAGGCAGAAUUAGUCUACAUUUCUAGACAUUAUCAGAAUGAAGCAGAUUGAUCCUAGUCCUAAUACUAGUCCAAGAAGUUCCCUCUUAAUUUAGAAAAAUAAUUCACCUAGGAAAAUCCCUACUCAAGUUAAGCUUAAUAUUGAUAUGAAUCUUGUUAAGAACAGGAGCAGCAUUUUAAGUAACAAUUAGCCAUUUCCCAGAAAAUAACUAACAAUAAUACCUAUGAAAAAAUAGAAAUAAUCGAUCAUUAUCAAUCAGCUUCCUGAUAUAAAAGAGAACUUUAAUGAAGGAGGAGAAACUAACAAAAAUUCUAAGAAAGAAUCAACUAAGCAGUUUGAGACAAGCUUUCGAGUGCAAAAGCAAAUCACAGAGAGAAAAUGCACCUAGGAGUUUAAGAACAUCCAGGAGGUUAUAACAUACAACAAAAACCUGCUCAGAAUUAAGACCAAGAAAAUCAUGAACAAUCUAGAAAGGACCUCACAAUCUAAUAAAAGAACCUCAUCAUUUAAUAAAUAAUCUCAUUCUGAAUAUGCCAACUCAUAAAGAAUAAAGGAGGAGGACAAUCAUUAGUAUCAAAUGUCUUUGGAUGAAUAAUCAAAAGAUUCUAUAACAUCAUUUGAAGAUCAAAAUGGUACCACAGAAAAUCUUGAAGAUCUUCCAAGUAGUACUAAGCAGAAUAGUAAUUUUAGAAUAAGAUUUAACUCUGGACUAGAGGAUAUCAAUAUCGAGGAUUAGAGUCCAAUAAUCUCAUGCAGAAAUUAAAAGAUCCAACCUCUCAGUCAUUAGGCCCCGAACUCAGGGAUACCUAGAAGUAUUUAACUCAAUAAGGCUGAAAGCCCCUUAAUUUCGAAACGAAAAUUGGAAGAAAAAUAAAAGAUUUAAGAUUUCAUUUAAUCCCCACCUACUCAAUAUAAAAUAACUGAGAAGAUGGUACCUAUUUUGAAGUAAAAAUAUAAAGAUAAUUACGAAAGUACUUAAAGAGUACUCAAGUCUGCAGAAAAUACUUAAACUGACAAUAGGUAUAACUCUGUUUCUCCAAGAGUAAGUACUGAAUAAAAUAAGCCUAAUAAUUAAGAGUUAUUCUUUGAAAAAAGAAAGUAAAAAGUUAAGAUAUAUUCUCAAAUGCCUCAAGAAUUGAUUUAAGGUUACAUAACUGAAAGGAAAACUUAUUCUUAGUAGAGAAAGACUAGGAAUAUCUACAAACAGUAUAAUGAAAAUAUGCUAAUAAAGACUAUGAUUCCAUAUUAAUAGAAAAUUAAAGAGACGAAUACACUCUUAAAUCUAACAAAGACACUUUUGAUGCACUAGUAAUUUCCUAAAACAACUAGGAAUAUUCAUUCAAAGGGCUAUCAAUCUCAAGACAUAUUUUUCCCACAGUAUACUUUGCAAUCAUGA